AUGGACGUAUUUGAUACAGACUCAGAUUACGCGAACCACCCGCCUCCGACGGACUCGGAGGCCGAGUACGAGCCUCUACCCGUGUACGUUUCGUCGUCGACGUCGCUGGCCACUAUGAGCAAUCGAGGCGGACGGGCGCCUGCCAACAUGCUACACUCACGAAGCGGCUCGCGCGAGACGCUUCUUGAGAACGAGGACCUAGUCAACCAGGCGAUCUUUUGUUCUGUGGCACUCCUGGUACACCAUGAUGUACGACGAGCCGUUCCAGGUCAACGUGACGUCUGUGCGGGCAUCAGAGUUCUUUCUUGCCGGAAUCUGGUGCUUGGUGUCUGGGUUUCUGUCGUACUCGAUUCUGGACGGGCUCAUGGUGCGGUGGAUCGUGAUGUACGCGAUCCAGGCAGCCAUAGUGCGGAUGCUGAGCAUGUCGCUCCUGAUCGUUGCUCUUGUGGAAGUGCUGACGUUCAUGUUCAACAACAAGCAGAACGAGUACUGCUUGCCGGUGUGGAUCCUGAUCAGUUGCGUGCUGACGCUCAUCUUCAUCAUCCAGAACUUUGUCACGUCCAAUCUGCGUCUGGACCGCCAUUUGCAGGACAAAGACGAGCCGAAGCCGCGCAACAAGGUGCCGCGCACCGUGGACCUCUACAACAUCACCGUUUUUGCCGUGGUGCCCAUUGGGCUGGCUAG